AUAUCGAUUUUCUCAUCGCUUGAACUAUCGAACAUAUCGAUAAUAAAAAUUAAUAGAGUUGCCACCUUUUAGGAUAAUAACAAUUUGCUAACCUAUGUGAUUCGGGAUUUGUGGCAUAAAAAUGCAGUCACAAUUAUUAAAUCAAAUGCACACAGCUGAUAAAUUAUCCGAAGAGCCCUGGCCAGAGGAUGCCACACUCUAUCAGCCAUUUGACGCAGAGCAAAUCCUUUUGCCGGAGAAUGCCAGUUGUUUGGCUGUGAAGGCAUAUUUGAAGAUGUGUGGUUUGCCCUUCAAUAUUCGAUGCUGCGGCAAUGCAGAGAACAUGUCUCCGGGUGGACGAAUGACCAAGUUGCCGUUCUUACGGGCAGGCGCAUUUAUUUUCGCCGAGUUCGAACCUAUUGUCAAUUUUAUUGAACAAAAGGAUAUGGCUAUUGGCAGCUGGCAAGAUCCCGAUGAGAAAGCUGAUAUGCGUACUUAUGUAUCUCUAGCUGAAAAUAUUUUCACCAUGGCCGAGUUGUAUAUAAGCUUUAAGAAUGAACGCGUCUACAAAGAGGUCACAGCUCCGCGCAACGGCAUAGUCUUUCCCUGGCCACUGAGUCAAAUCCAAAACUAUACAAAGCGUCGCAAUGCCCUGCGACUGCUUAAGGUAUAUCAGUGGAAUGAUUUGGAUAUUAAACAUGUCAUCGAAAAAGUAUCAAAAUGCUGCGAGACACUCGAGUAUAAGCUCAAGGAGUCACCCACAACGCCCUUCUUUUAUGGCGAUCAACCCUGUGAAUUGGAUGCCAUUGCCUUUGGCCAUCUAUUUAGCAUUUUGACUACAACAUUGCCCAAUAUGGCAUUGGCCCAUACAGUGCAAAAGUAUAAGCAUUUGGUCGACUUUUGCGUUUUCAUUGAUGACAAAUACUUUCAGAGCAAACAAAUUAAAAUUUCCCACUAAAUUUUCGAUUCAAAUUGUUAAAUAGUUUUUUUUUAUCUUAAAGAAAGUAGUUAACAAAAUUACAAAAUUGCAAUAAGUCAUUAAAAACUUCAA